AUGGGUGCAGCCUCUGCCUACAUCCAGGUGAACAAGUUCCAAAGGGAAAUGGAACCGUUAGGGUAUAUCCAUACAAAGAUGUUCAGAGAUCAUGCUACAACCCUGACUGAUGCAAGGGAGGCUGUGCGCACCACCCAAUCUGACGUGGUUGUGAGGUGCGAGACGGGGAGUGCGUCCGGCUCCUACACACAGUGGCUGCAGGUGUGUCCUCCCCAGGUGCCGCGCUUUGUCCAGCAGAGCCGCAAGUUCAGCUUCAAGAAGAGCGCCGUCCACGGCUGCUAUGACCUCCACGUCUCCGGCGUCGCCUCCGCCGACGUGUGCCUGUACUUCUUCGCGCUCGUCGAGAAGGACCAGAAGUGUGACUACAUGUUCCAGAGGACACAAACUAGACUCACUCUUGCAGAUUCAGUGCCGGUGGUGUUUGACCCCUCCUGUCCCCCGGCCCCUGAUCCUGAGUGUGUGUGUGUGUGUGUGUGUGCUCCAGAUUCAGUGCCGGUGGUGUUUGACCCCUCCUGUCCCCCGGUCCCAGAGGGCGGCUGCUCUCUGCCCUGGACUCUGCUGCUGAUCGCCGGCUGCCUGCUCUCCACUCUGCUGGCCCUCACCUGGGCACACAGAAUCUGCUGCAACACAGGCACAGGUCAGAGGGAGGAGGAAGCAACAGGAGCUGAAUAUCAGGUGGAUGUUUGCAAGUACCAUCAGUGUGAGAAGACCUUAAGAGGCCUGGACUGUCUUCAUACUGAAGUCACUUACAGACUGAUCCCUAUGGAGGCCUCUCAGCCCCCACACACUCCCACGGAUCUGGACUGAGGCCUCUUAAAAUACACACUUCCUGAAAAA